AUGGACGCGGUGGCCGUGGAGCAUCCCGACUCCCCUGUGGUUGACACGCUGUCGGGCAUCGAGUCUAAGAAGCACCGCAUGCAGACAGGCCAGGACAGCGAUGAUUUCUCAAGCCGAUACGAGUUGCUGGAACAGGUAGGUUCCGGAGCUUCGGGGACUGUGUGGAAGUGCCGCUUGGCCCCCGGCAACGGCCCUCCCAAGCGUGCGGGGGGCCCCGUGGCUGGCGAAGACCCCGUGCCGGGGAGGAUCUACGCGGCCAAGAUCAUCGAUCUGCGGCCGUUCAAGCUCCGGGAGAGGUUCAGCAUGCAGAGGUUGAUGCGGGAAGUGGACAUCAUGCGGCGAUUGCGACACCCCAACAUCAUUCACCUCGUCGAGGCUCUCGACACCCCGGAGCAGUUGGUGCUCAUUCUGGAGUACGCUCCCGGGGUGGAGCUGUUCGACGCCAUCCUGUCCAAGGCGAGCUUCAGCGAGAGUGAAGCCCGACCGGUCUUCGUCCAGGUGGCGAGGGCUCUGCAGUACAUGCACUCGAAGUCGAUCGUCCAUCGAGACGUCAAGCCCGAGAACGUGAUGAUCAUCGACAGGACUGCGCCAGACGGGCUCUAUCCAGAGGCCAAGCUGCUAGACUUCGGGCUGUCGAAGGCGAUAGACGCUGACACGGGGGGCUCCGUGGCACGAACAUUCGUCGGGACCCCCAGCUACCUGGCGCCGGAGGUGGAGGAGAGGAAAGGGGGCAAGGGGAAGCCGUACGGGACGCCCGUGGACUGCUGGAGCCUUGGGGCCAUGCUGUACGUCAUGCUGGUCGCUCGCUUCCCGGAGUUCCAAGUGCAGGGUGCAAGGAAGCACGUCCGCAUGCACGGGGCCGCCUGGGACAAAGUGUCAGCCGAGGCGAAGGAGUUGAUACGGAACCUGAUGGCGUUCGAUGCGGGGGCAAGGCUAACGGUGGACAAGGCCUUGCGGCACCCAUGGUUGGGAGACUUGGCUGCCAGGGACGCACCACCGUCCCCGUUGCAGCAGGCGACGGCGCCGCCACGAAACCAGUUUCAGGGGAUGCCCCCGCUGUCCGAAAGCUACGAGUUUGUGGUGUCUCCGGUUCCUGCGGGGGGGGCGAAAGCGGAGGCGGCGGCAGCGGUCGGCGGUUCCGAUUCUCUUGGCUCGCAACCUUACCAGCAGUCAAGCGGCGGCGGCUCCAGCAGCAGCAGCAGCAACGGCGGCGACGGUGCUUGGGGCGGGAGGCUUCCCAUCGUCACCGAGCAGGAGACGCCCCCAGCAAAGACGGCUAGGAAGUCGUUCGAGUUUACCCCUACGGGUCCCUCCAUCCGCGAGCUUGGUCCCGAUGAGUCUCCUUUGGGGUCCCUUGACUACGGCAUGGGAGACACUGCGGCAGACGGCGGCGGCGGCGUCCAAUCCCGAAACAACAAGGACGUCAAGGAGGCUAGCAACGCCAGUCCAAGAGAACACAACAGCAACGGCAUCGGCGGAGGCGGUAACAUGAACAGGAGCAACAGCAUGCAGGUCGACGAGCCCAGCAAGGGGGGAGAAACCGCCAUGAUUUCGGUGCACAACCACCAAGGGAUAGGCCUCACGAGACCACCUCCGGACGGACAUGUGCCGCUCUUGCAGCUGCAAGCCCGCAUCACGGCCGUCAUGGAAACCGCCGUCGGGACGUACAGCGAUUGUCCCCAGGGUGCGGCGAGUCUGAGGAGGUCCGCCGCCUUGUGCCGGGAGAGCCUGAGGGAGAGCGUGACGCUCCUCAAGAAGAUAGAGAGAACCGCUGCCCAGGUGAUCACGUUGUUCCCCGACCUAACGCUGGCUGUGGAGGAAGGCGAGCCGGACCUGGCGCGUGACUUCUUCGCCACGGUCAAGAGCUGGGUACGAGAGAUGUACACCGACGUGAACGUCGUCCAGGCCCACAACAAGGCUAACGCCGUGGAAGUCGGCGACGCGAUGAAGACACAUGCCGAGAUGGGGAUGGAAGGCCUGCGGCUUCGGGAGGAAGAGUUGCAGCGACAGCAGCAGCAAGGUGGCACGGCGUACAUGGCCAAGGGAGAGAGACAUAGCGCCCACGGGAGCGCGAACACGGGUGCUGCCCAACAUCAAAAUCAACAUCAUGGAGACAAGCAGAUCGACCUGGACCCCGAGACCUUCGAAGUGGUCCGACAGAUACAAGAGCUCCGGAACCACCUCAGCAGGACCGGCUCCUCACAAGGCAGCGCUGCUCCCGGUGCUGCCACCACAGCAACCGCCACCGCCGCAAAUGGCGCUACGGCAUCUGCCACUGCCAACGAUGGUGCCACGGCUGAAGCUUCUGCUGAAGCUACCGCAGGCGAUAACUCCGCCCCAUCGGCCACUGCUGCUGAUGGUUCCACGGCCACAGCUACCGCCGCCGGCGGCAAUACAGCAUCUGCGAGCGAUGGCGCUUCGAUGGCGGCGGCGGCGGCGGCGGGUAAAAGCCCGAAAGAGAUUAUGAGCGACGAAAAGCUGAUCAAUCUCUUUUUACUCAUGGCGGGGCGGGGCCCGAAUUGGCCGCACGACGGCCCCGGCAGAAGCACCGGUGGCACAGGAGAGAGCAGUAGCGGCGGCGGCAGCGGUGGCAGUGACGGUAGCGAGGCCUCCGGGGGAGGAAGCGGGGCACAAGGCGUGGACGUGGACGGAGUGGCCGGCCUCACCGCGAAGAUGUCCAUCGAUGAUGGAGCGGACGCUCCGAGCGGUCAAGAGGCUGAGAUGCCACCCCCACCGCCGCGACAGUGGGUAGGGGCUGGGGCGGGAGCGGGGGAGCAAGGGGGUGGAGAGCAUGGGGCAUGGGGCGGCGGGAUGCAGCUGGCUCGUGUGCACGACGAUACGUGCUACUCCGAGGUUAAGCAGGCGCUUCAGAUGCUCCAAGAGGUAGACAGCGUCCUGGAGCAGCUGGCCCUGUUCUGGGCCAACAGCGAGGUUAUCUUCGACGUUCUCCUGAGGAAGGGCGAUCUCGUGGAGAAGUUCGUCGCCUUUGCCAACAAGCCCCGCCUCCUCCAGCGGUUCAGGGAACGGCUGGCGGACUACAAGCGAUUCUGGGAGGGAGUACAGAGCGUGUGCAACAAGUACGUCUGCGGCCAUCACAAGUGCGGCGGGUUACAAGGGGCUUCGACUCCUAAGGGCGCUGCACGACCACGCUCCGACAGCAUGGGCGCAGACGCGGGCGCUACCGCCUACGACGGUAGUUACAACGCAUCUAGCAACCGCACCGAUUCGAACGCCUCGUCGGUAGGCGCCCAAUCGGAAGCGGAGCCAUCGAAACAGGGGUUGGGGGACGGGGGUGGAUGGGGAAAUGUCGACAUGGGGUUUGCGAGGUGAACAGCAAUUAAAUCCCUGGUCACAUUAUGUUAGAUAUUUCCCCCCCCCGUACGUGUGCCAACGAAACGCAAGCGGGGAGGCCGAGGACGCUGAGCCGUGCGAGGAACAUGGUCGCUAUUGUAGGCGGCGGCAGGAGCUCAGGUCAUCGCUGAUUUGCUCACACUCGUUGCUUCGUCUUGUGUGUGUGUGGAGUUACAGUUACAGGGAGAGGUUACGGUUUCGUUUUGUUUUUUUUUCGGGUUACAGGGAGGGGUCCACGGGUCCCUCCGCUGUUGCACCGCUGUCUGUUGACACAGUUCAACAGAGAGAGAGGGGGAAAGAGAGUAGGCGCGUUCGGUGUUGUUUUCUUAGUCUCUUCUGUGGCAGGCACUUCAUCGCCCAAGAUCCCGUUUAUUUUAGCAGUGUUUUGGUGCUUGAACUGAGGUGAUUUUGCAGAGGUAUAUUCUCUGGUGCUGUGUACCACACACAGCAAACAUUGUUGACAACAAGGAAAAACGGCAAGUGGAACGUCACUCGCUGCGGUAUUGUGUUUUUUCUGCCGUGCGUAUCGCGGCACCAUUUUUUUUAUUGUUUUCGUUUGGUUGCCCUGCUCUUUUCGAUCCUGUUUUUAUGUUUUUUUGAGGCCAUGGAGACAUUUUCUGCCUUUCUUGUGGUCUCUGUGUUUGGCAAGCCUCAAUUUUGUAGCCUAGUAGUGACCGAUUUGUUUUUUUUAGUUUUGGUUAGGGUUAGUGCUCCGCACCUGCAGGGCUGUGACCGCAGCUCGUGUGUUUGUCCGGGGGUCUGGAAUGUAAGUUGAUGGAAAUGUGUCAAGUGUGCUAAGAUAACUAGAAAAUAAUAUGGUCGCAAUGAGCCCCAUUUGAGGCGGCCAAAAUAAGUAGACGAAACUAGAAGAACAGCACGGGGUGACCUCGGAGGUAUGUAUGCGUUUGUAUGCAUAGCAUAGGGUGGCAGAAAACGAAAGUUUACCUGGGAAGUGCUUGAAGUGUUCGGGCUUCACUGAGGUCAGUGUCCAUAAGUGAUAUCACGGCACUU